AUGACAACUAUAUUCUCUGACGACUUUACUACUUACGGCCAUAUAUACGGGUUUAAGACGUAUAAGCAUAACGACGACUCGGAAAUUCAAUCUACUAUCCUGAAAACCUUACUAGUAAGUUCUGUCCGCGUUAAUAUUAGUAAUAUAGAUAAUAACGAGGAAAAAGAAGAACAAAAGGACCGAAAGUCUAUCCCUAGCAGAAAGCUAAAUAGUUACGACGAUAUACACGAUAUUCUACACGACUAUAUCUAA